AUGACCACAGACGGGGGUGACUGGACCGUGUUCCAGGAAGAAGUCUUCACUACCAUCUUGUCUUCUUUAGAAUGGUCAGACUAUAAAGCAGGCUUUGGUGAUCUUAACGGGGAGUUCUGGUUGGGUCUUGAUAAAAUAAAUCUGGAAUUGAUGAAAUUAAAUUUAACACUGUUGAAGCUAGGUUAUGCCAAAUAUGGAGUGUUUAGCGUGGCUGAUGAAUCAGAUAAAUACAGAUUGAGCGUUGGAGAUUACUCAGUUGUGGUAGGCUGUUUUAAGGAGCUUGGUGGUACAAAAGCUGUCUUCAAUCCAACCUUAAUGGCCUGUAUCUGGGUGCAGGUCAGACUGGUACUAAAGGAAUAA